AUGGGCGCCGGCGGAGGACCCAUGCAGCCGGGACAGGUGCCUCAGAACCAGAACUUCAUGACCAGAGCCCCUGGACCUGGCAUCCCACAUGGCAGCGUCUCACAGUCUGUGGUGGUGGGAAUGUCCAAUGUGAAUCAGGUGGCUCUGAUGGAGGAGCAGCAGAGACAGAACAACAUGAUGGCAAUGCGAGCGACAGGUCCGGCCAAUCAGCAACCUCCGGUCAGUGGUGCCCCGCCCACUCAGGGAGGUCAGAACCAAUCCCAGGGACAGAUCCUGCGCCUGUCCAACCCAGGGGCCAAUCCACAGUUGCGCAGCCUCCUGCUGAGUCAGCAGCAGCCGCAGGGUGGGAUGUCGCACAUGUCGGGGAUGAUGUCGCACCAGGGGAUGGGGCAGCAGCUGGUCCACCCCACACCAGGAGGGGGCGCUGCGAUGCAGGGCCAGUGGAGGCAGCCCUUAGGAGGUCAGAUGAUGAUGUCUGGACAGAGAGGAGCGGUGCCUCAGCCUGGGAUGCCUCAGGUCUCCAGUGUCAUGGAGGACGAGAUCCUCAUGGACCUGAUCUGA